CCACAUGGACAUGCGUGUCGAGCAUCCAGAAAUUAUAGUUCUGAAAACCGGCCACUUCUAUCGCGCCGUCAUAGCGGCGAGGGGUUGUGCAAACCAUAUCGUUAGCAUACAAGAACCAAGUCCCACCGUCACCGCUGCUCUAGAGCAUCUUCUCGACGUGACUGCCGAAGUUUUGAGCAACAUCCAGGAUUCUUCCUACGCCAACAAUGAAAUGCCACCAGAUGAAGUUGGUGAAGUCGACGAGAGUUCAUCCUAUAUCGAUGAUGAGAGACUUCCAGAGCAAGCCCCGAGCCCAUCUGUGUCGCGUAGUCCGUCGCCUUCAGAACCAGUCUGUCAGGGUUGUUUGGAAUCCGCUCUAAAUAUCAAGCAUGAAAGUUCGGAAAUGCUCUAUUCUGAGGAAUCUGAACAGAUUGCUUCCGAUUUCUCAGAGUCGAUCUGUCCUGACUCUCCAGAACCCGCUCCGAGUUUCAAACGUGAGAAUACAGAGUUGGUCUGUCCGGAUUCUUCAGAGUCUAUGGAACGUGAGAUCUCUGAGCCGACAUCAGUCGAACCCGAAACUCCCGAAACUGUACAGCCACAAGAAAGGAUUGCAAGCAGUUCACUCACCCCAAUUGUAUCAUCCCCGCUGGUCUCUGCCUCGAGAGCGCAAAAGCGUCCGAAUUAUAAUUUCAUGGGAUUCGACCAGCCCACCUCCGAAGUCGAUGUUGUUGUUAGAUAUCUUGAGCAAAAGUAUUAUCAAGCCACCAUUGCGGACAAGUCCUCGGGCGAAGAUGUUGUUGGAGAGCCUCACGAAGCAAGAACCGUCGAGCGUGCAUUGACAGCCUUACUCGCUCAUACCUGUGCACACCUUGGAAACCCUCCCAACUUGAUCGGUGCUGGUGCUACACAAACCCUAGGAAGUCCAGUGGCCAAGCGUGGUCGCGGAAGACCCAAGAGCAUUCUCCCUUCUGCUACCUCGUCCGUCGUCAAGCCUAAGGCAACGAAGACUGCUCCUGCUACCAAGGCAAAGGUCUCUGCGACUGUCACUCCAAAAGCCACUCGAGGUCGUGGAAGACCCAGGAAGUCUGAUGUUGUUGCGCUCACAUCGACAGGUCGCCCUCGGGGUAGACCUCGCAAGAACACUGUAACGACUGCUCCCGCAGUUGAGGCGACGACGGAUGGUGCCAUUGCGCCCGCUAAGCGGGGCAGAGGCAGACCCAGGAAGUCUGACUCCACUCCAGCGGCAGCAACAACUGGAUCGAAACGUGAUGCAUCCGCCCUGGAAGACGACGAACCCGCGAGCAAAAAGUCACGCAAGGCAAUCAGCGACGAAGAGAUGCAAGACCGUAUCAGCGCGGAUGAGCUUGGUGAAGUUGAAGAAGCAGGUCAGACUGCUCCGUUCACUCCUCAAGUAUGGUUCCCAACUUACGUGUCAAGGAUUGCUAGGGUUGUCUACCACUGUAUCGCAGACGGAUCAGCUGGAGGAUUGACCGAAGACGAGUUGAUGUCGCGUACUGGACUGCCAUACACCGAUAUCAACGCUGGUAUCAUGCAAUUGAGCGAAAAGGGAGGUAUCAUUCCCGCUAUUGGUGAUGAUUCCAAGUGGACAGUGCUCGAUGAGUGGGAGGAUGAGGAGGAA